AUGGCCACCCCCAGUGUCCUGGCUUUUGACGCUGAGGGUCGCGCCAUUGACUUUGCAGUCUGGAUUGAGGACCUGCAGCUGUACUUACCGUGCGAUGCGAUCGAUGAGGUUUCUCUCUUUGACUUUGUCUCUGGCGCUGUCCCUGCCCCUCCUGCUGAUGCUGACCCCACUGUUCGCUCCAAGUGGGCCACACGCGAUGCUGCUGCACGUCUAGCUGUGCGUCGCCACCUCCCUUCCUCCGAGCGUGCACACUUUAGUCAGUGCAAGACCGCUCAGGCCUUGUACGACGCUGUAGUUGCACGCUACUCCUCCCCUUCCACUGCUACACUGAGCCGCCUCAUGCUACCGUACCUCUUCCCUGACCUUGCUGCCUUUCCCACAGCCACUGACCUCUUUACCCACCUUCGCGCUAGCGACACUCGCUACCGAGCUGCGCUUCCUGCUGCCUUCCUCGCCGAAAACCCCCCUCCCGUGUACAUCACCCUCUACUUUCUAGUCGCCCGUCUCCCUGAGUCCCUUCGUGCUGUUAGGGACCAGUUUCUCUCUGUCUGUCCCACCACCCUCACUGUCGACCUCCUCGAGAAGUCCCUGCUAGCGGCCGAGAAGAGCAUAGUCGCUGUAGGGGCCUCUCGUGGUGACCCGCGCACCCCCAUCUUUGAGGGGUGUUCUCCUUCCCCCCUGCUCCCCUCUGUCGCCUCUGCUGCUGCGGCCGACCUCGUUGGUUUAGAGUCGGUCGGUGCGGCGUCUGCCCCCAGCGGUAGGCGCCGCUCUGGCAAGAGCAAGGGGGGCAAGGGAGCGGGUGGAGCUAGCGGGGGCGGUGGCGGAGGAGGUGGGGGCGGCGGGGGGAGUGGGGGUGGCGGUGGGGGUGGAGGUGGGAGUGGAGGUACUGGUGGCGGCGGUGGAGGCGGAGGUGGCGGCGGAGGUGGUGGCGGAGGAGGCAGUGGAGCGGCGGGGGCGAGGGUGGCGGUGGCGGCGGUGGCGGCGGAGGCGGGGGUGGCGGUGGUGGAGGUGGUCGGAGUGGCUCGUCCCAGAGGAGCAGCACUGGGGGUGGUCAACGCCAGCAGCAGCAGCACCAGCAGCGCUCUCGCGACGUCCCCGCCCCUCAGCAGCUCCUGUGGGGGCACCCACACCGCUCGCCGCUGCUUUGCCCGCUUGACCGACGCUUGGCGCCAGCAGUUUCCGGAGGCCUCUGAGAUCCCCCGCUGGGGAGAGCUGUCUAGGGCUGGUGUAGCUGUGUUUGAUCUUGACUUUGAUGCUAUCCUUGCUGCCAUGUAUGCUGUGACUGUUAGUGAUGAUGGUGACUGUUACCGGUGUUUCCCGCCCGACCCGGGCAUUGGUACUGCUGUGUCAGGUGCCAGUGAGGCUGCUGCUCUAGGUGCCAGUGCGUCUGUGCUCUCAGGUGCUAGUGAGUCUGCCCUCUCAGGUACUGUGUCGGCUUCUGCCUCUCACACCUUCACCCUUGACUCUGGGGCGUCUCGCUCCUUCUUUCGGGACCGCACCACUCUCACGCCGCUUAGUCGGCAUGUUGCGGUGUCCCUGGCUGACCCCUCUGGGGGUCCUGUCCUGUCUCGUUUCUCCACAGUCCUCCCGUGUCCGGCGGCUCCCUCUGGCACCCUGACUGGUCUUUACCUCCCCUCGUUCUCUACGAACCUGGUGAGUGGUGCUGACCUACAGGAUGUGGGUGUCCACCAGUUCACUCCUGCUCGUCAGCGGGUGACACACUGCACAGAGGCUAGCACAGGUCGCCACCUGGCUACGUUUACACGUCAGCCAGGGUCGAGCCUGUACACACUGACCACUGCUUCUCCUCCCGGUGCUGAGUCUGGUAGAGUCCCUUCGUCUGGUCAGGUGUUUGCUGCAGCGUCCAGGUCUGGUCCUGAGUCUGCCCCCUGUUCGUGUCGCCGUCUGUCUCACGAGACUCUCCUCUGGCACCACCGCCUUGGCCACCCCUCUCUGCUUCAGCUCAGAGGCAUGGCCUCCCGUCUUCUUGUUUCUGGUCUCCCCCAGUCCCUCCCUCCCCUUCCUCAGGGCCCUGGCCCUGCCUGUGUCCCCUGUGUCGAGGGGCGCCAGCGUGCUGCCCCUCACUCCUCCCAGUUUCCUCCGACAGAGGCUCCGUUGCAGACGCUUCACAUGGACGUGUGGGGCCCUGCCCGCGUCCGUGGACUCGGUCACGAGCGCUACUUCCUGUUGGUGGUUGACGACUACUCGCGUUACACCACAGUCUUCCCCUUGCGCAGCAAGGGUGAUGUCACUGAGGUGCUGAUCGACUGGAUCCGCGCAGCUCGUCUCCAGCUCAGGCAGAGCUUUGGCUCGGACUUUCCUGUGUUGCGUCUGCACUCGGACAGAGGCGGAGAGUUCUCCUCUGGCUUUCUGCGUGCCUUCUGUCGUGCGCGAGGCAUCCGCCAGACCUUCACGCUUCCGGACUCACCGCAACAAAAUGGGAUUGCAGAGCGCCGCAUUGGCAUGGUCAUGGACGUCGCUCGUACGUCUAUGAUGCAUGCGGCUGCCCCCCAUUUUCUGUGGCCGUUUGCGGUCAGGUACGCGGCGCAUCAGAUCAACCUCCACCCCAGGGCGUUCCGGGUCUGGGGAUCUCGGGCGUUUGUCCGCGACUUGUCUGCGGACAAGCUGUCCCCUCGCGCUGCUCCCUGCGUCUUCCUGGGGUUCCCCCCCGACGCCCCUGGGUGGCAGUUCUACCACCCCACCUCUCGACGUGUUCUGUCCUCCCAGGACGUCACGUUCGACGAGUCGGUAACCUACUACCGCCUCUUCCCCUACCGCACUCCUUCCCUUCCCCCGCCCCCGCUCUUCUUGGUACCAGGUCCCCCCCCGGUAGACCCCCUCCCCCCUCAGGGUCCUGCCCCUUCAGGUGUGUCCCAGGUAGACGCGGUCGAGCCUGUCGAGGUCACUGGUGACUCUGGUGCUGCUGCGGGAGCUGAGCCUGGGGGUACGGAGUCUGGGGGUGCUGAGCCUGGGGGUGCUGGGCCUGGGGGUGCUGAGCCUGGGGGUACUGAGUCUGGGGGUGCUGAGCCUGGGGGUGCUGAGUCUGGGGGUGCUGAGCCAGGGGGUGCUGAGACUGGGGGUGCUCCGCGUGGAGGUGCUUUGCCUGAGGGUGCUGCGCCUGGAGGUUCUUCGCCUGGAGGUUCUCCGCCUGGAGGUGCUUCGUCUCGCCGAGAGCCACUCUCCCCACAGGAGCUGCGUGAGUGGUUUGCCCGGCGCCGGAGGCGUGGAGAGGGUGCUGGAGGUUCUUCGGCUGCAGAGGGUGCUGCUGCCGCGCGUCCCGGAGGUGCUCGUGCUGUGGGUGCUGGAGCUGCUGGGCCUGAGGGUUCUCCUGGAGCUGGUGCUGCUGGAGGUGCUGCUGGAGCGGGUACUCCUGCUGGGGGUACUGGUGCUGUCCCUGCUGUUUCUGGCGUCGCCACGCGGCCCCGACCGUACUUCGUUCCGCUCCUGCAGCAGGUUCUUGGUCUUACACCUUCUCCUGGUCCUCCUCCGCCUCCCUUAGAGGGUCCACAGCCUGUCCGGUCCCAGUCACAGCUACAGCCUGCCUCCCCUUUGCCUGCUCCUUCUCCCUACGCUGGUCCGACUGGAGGACUUACUGAGCGUCGUGAGCCCGCGUCUCGUCCUGCGUCGCCUGUUCGUCCUGCACGCACUAGUGGUCGCAGUUCGCGUCAGCGUCCUCCUCCUGUCCCUGGCAUGCACCGGAUGUCUCUGCGUCCGUCCACUGCUCCUCUGCGUGCCCCUUUGCCUUCUCCUCCUGAGUCCUCUCUUCCUGCUCUUGCCGACCCGGAGUCGGACUCUCUUCGUGCUGCCAGUCCUACUGUCACGCGUCUCCUUGCUACUGCUGUCACUGACCCUUCCUUCGAGUCUUCUGCUGCGUCUGCCCUUGUCACUGAGCUUGUCGACUUUGCUGCGCGCUGUCGUCUAGACUACGCUGCUAGUCUUGUCGCUGAGUCUGAGUCUGCCUGUCCUCCGUCCGUCGGGGGUGAGUGUGCCCUAGGCACGGACGUCCUUGAGGACAGGCAGGAGGAGUUCCAGUGUCUGGCCGCCGCUUCACCUCAUCUCGUGUCUGUUCUGCUCGCCCCUGAGGGAGACCCGGAUGCACUAGACAUCCCGACUCCGCGCUCUUACGCGGAGGCGAUAGAGGGUCCCUACUCCCCUCAGUGGCAGGCAGCUAUGGAUGCAGAGAUGGCUUCCUGGAAGUCCACAGGCACCUACGUUGACGCUGUUCCCCCUCCUGGGGCGAACAUCGUCAGUGGCAUGUGGAUCUUCAGGGUGAAGCGGCCGCCGGGUUCUCCGCCUGUCUUCAAGGCGCGUUACGUGGCUCGUGGCUUCAGUCAGCGGCAGGGAGUUGACUACUUUCAGACCUUCUCCCCAACCCCGAAGAUGACCACACUUCGGGUACUGCUGCACGUUGCUGCUCACCGUGACUACGAGCUGCACUCUCUCGACUUCAGCACUGCUUUCUUGCAGGGCAGCCUGCACGAGGAGAUCUGGCUGCGUCGCCCACCUGGCUUCACUGGGUCUUUCCCUCCUGGUACCCAGUGGAGUCUCCGGCGUCCAGUCUACGGUCUCCGCCAGGCGCCACGUGAGUGGCACGACACACUGAGGACUACGCUUGCGGCACUUGGGUUUGCUCCUUCUACUGCCGACCCGUCGCUGUUUCUGCGCACCGACACCUCUCUGCCGCCGUUCUACAUCCUCGUGUACGUCGACGACUUGGUCUUUGCCACAGCUGACACUGCUAGACUCGCCUACGUGAAGUCCGAGCUGCAGAAGAGACACAUGUGCACUGACCAGGGUGAACUGCGCAGCUACCUUGGCUUGCAGAUCACCCGGGACAGAGCACGCCGCACCAUUACCCUGACUCAGUCACACAUGGUGCAGCAGGUCCUUCAGCGCUUCGGCUUCACGUACUCCUCGCCUCAGGCCACUCCUCUGCCUACUCGCCACUCGCUCUCAGCUCUGCCUUCGGAUGAGUCCGUAGAGUUGAGUGGCCCGUAUGCAGAGCUUGUUGGCUGCCUCAUUUAG